AGAUCGAGUACUCAAGGUGUGUUCGCUAUUCAAACAGACUAUUUGCGGCUUUAGCUCUAGCAGACGACAGAUCGAGGGUGGAAAAAUACAAAUCUGAGAAGCGUUGUAAUAACCUACAGGUCUGUUUGUUUUUUCCUCAAAAGGAUGCAAACAUUUGGUUAAACACGUUUUGUUGAAACAUUAGCAACGAUGCUGCGCUAGUGGAUAGUUGAUUCAAUCUCAACGGGAGUGAAUGAAUGUGCUACUUAAUUUUAUUCACCUUCAGCCUUAGGAUUAUUUGAUUUCAUCAUUACUUCAUCAUUUCAGACUCAAUUUCUCUAGUGUUAAUGUGAAUUGAGCUUCUAACAUGGCUCUGCCUUGGAUAAAACAUUUGGAAGAAAAUUUUGAUUCGGAUAAGCAACACGUCUGGUUCCUUAAAAACUGGUGGCUUGCCUUUAUCUUCUCGACCAUCUACUUCGUCGGGGUCUUCGUGGGGCGGGCAUGGAUGGAGAAUCGGCCCAAGUUUGAACUCCGCAGGGCUCUCACCGCCUGGUCGGGCGGCCUGGCCGUCUUCAGCAUCGCCGGUGCGAUCAUCACCAUUCGCGAGCUCGUCGACUACCUGUCCCACGACGGCUGGCAUAGCUCGGUAUGCGAUGCAACUAUCUUCGACGGCCGUAUCGGGCUUUGGACAUGGCUCUUCAUCCUAAGCAAGGUCCCCGAGCUGGGCGACACCGUUUUCAUCGUGCUUCGAAAACAGAAGCUGAUGUUUCUGCACUGGUAUCAUCACAUCACCGUCCUCCUCUACGCUUGGUACUCGUAUCGUGAUCAAAUCGCUCCAGCUCGCUAUUUCAUAGUCGCCAACUUCACCGUGCACGCCGUCAUGUACAGCUACUACGCUCUACGAGCAUCCGGCUUCGUCAAAAUACCCCGCCAAGUGAACAUCACCAUCACGCUCAUGCAGCUCUUCCAAAUGGUGAUCGGAUGCGCCGUCAACGUUUACGCGCUUUUCCAAUUGAACGCGGGAAGGAAAUGCGAUACGACGUACCAAAAUGUCGCCUGGUCGCUCGUCAUGUAUUUCAGCUAUUUCGUGCUUUUUGCGCAAUUCUUUUACAAUGCUUAUAUCACGAUGGGGCCGAAGAAAGAUGUCAAGAAUCGUCAUUCGAACGAAAUGAACGGUAAUCAUCGAGUCAAAAUGGAUUAACGAGUCCAUCUAUUCCUCGGAGUGUCAUGUGUGUGUGUGUACGUGUGUUCCUAUAUAAGUAGAGUUUACAAACUCAAAUUUAUUUUCCUUAUGAACACUAAGGAGCCUUGUGAUAAUAGUUAUCCUUUGUUUAUUUGCAGACUAUAUGUUUAUGAGACGUUUUGUGGAGUGAAAAUGAUUGAUAAAAUAGCUUCGAAGGAUCAAGUAAAUUUCAUAAUAUAUUCGUAAAACUAUUUUUUCCAUAUAUAAACAAAAUAUGAGUUUUGAUUAAAUAGGAGCAGAAACUGCGGAUGUAGUAUAAUAUAUGUAUAUAUUUACUGACUAUAAAUCAAAUGUUAUAACUUUCCAUUGGGUCAAAAUGUAAACGGGUAACUUUUAUGAAAGUCAUUGUACAGCAUCAAGGAAAAAACCCUCUGGUUGCUUACAAGCAUUUGUGCUUUCUGAGCAGUCGGGUAAAAUAACCACCAUCAACAUCUAAUUGAUCUGCUUCGGCUGUAUUUAUUCAUGAUUAAUGACAAAAAGAAUGUUAACUUUUUAUGUGUGCAACUUGUCCUAGACAUCAAUAUACCUUGGGCUUUUUUAAAAAGUGCAAUUAAUCUGUUCCUAAUUUGGAAAUCCCACAAGCACUUUGAUUCCUUCAACUAGACCCAUUACAUAAUUCUUGUAAUAAAAUAAUUCACUUUAAAUUUGAAAAUCUGAAGACUAAAAUAUUGCUUGUGGAUGCGGGGGCGAACACCAUUCCCCAUUGGGAGAAAUAUACAAAACAGUUUAUUCUUCUCUUGAAUAAUUUUUCUUAGUCGUCAAACCAAGUUGAUGUCGUCUAACAAUGCUAACUCUUUCCUGUAUUUGAAUGUGUAAGUUUCCAAGGAUUAUGUGUUGCUCAUUGCGAUGGAUCAAUGAUAUUAGGCAUAUUCAACGCAUUGAAUUUCAUUAAUGUAUUCUCAUUAAACGAUGUUGACAGUAGCAACUAAAA